ACGAGUUAAGCAUUCUUUUCGGUUUCAGAACGAGUUGGUAGCUUUCUGUUGUGUUUUAUCUGUGGUAUUGGCUGCCAUUUGCUGUGUUCUGUCAUUAUUUUAAUGUUAUUGGCUAAAAGGGUGUUUUAUUUCAAGGAUUCUUCUUCAUUUAUUGAACAAAACAAUUUGAUUUUGUUAAUAAUAGCGAAUAAAAUUACAUUAAAUAACGUACAAGAUCAAAAUGUGCCGGAUACAGUCAACUAUAUCAUAAUUAUUUGUAAUAACAAGUUGUAAAAUGAACACAGUAUGUCUUAUUUGAGUACACCGGAAAAUGUUGGUUUUAGUGGCAUUCCACAAAAUAUAUCUGAUGCAAGUUGCGCCACGCAGUAUAAAAUGGCAGUGGAGAGCGUGCCAAACAACUGUGGCAGUGAAGUCAAUAUGUUCAUUCAUGACAGCUCUGGUGAUGAGCAGACAUAUAUAACACACCUCAAUGACAACUUCUUCCAUACCAAAUUUAAAAUUGAUCCCAACGAAUUAUACACGUUCCAUGACUCUGAUGUCAUAGCAAGUGAGAUAACUGUUAGUCACACUGAAGAUGCUUUUUUCUUUCCCGAAAAUGCAGAUGUUAAGGGUAAAGUACUAGACAGCCCAAGCAAGGAAAUAGAUCUCAUAAGUACCCUCACAAAUGGAGAGAUUAAAGAAGAAAUAAAGCAAGAAGUGAUCCCUAAUGGUCACUAUUCAUCAAUCCCAAAAACUUUUGUGACUCAAACCUUUAAAGAUACAAAAAACACUAAUACCAAAGUUCAAAAAAGUAAGACUCAUCCUGUAAUUGAAGUUGUUAAAGAGCCACAUGUCAAUAAAGUGAGUGAGACUCGUAGGUCAAGUGUUCAUAGCCCUAAAGUCCAUAUUGUUCCCAAUUCUCCCCCAUCAUUAAAGAACAGUAUUAAUAGCGUUAGUACUAAUAACAAGACUGCGCCGGCUACAAAACAGUCAGGAUCAGAGACAUUUUUAGAUGUAUUCAAAAGAGAACAAGGACUGGUUGAAAAUAAGAUGGUAGUUGUAAAAACAGAGCCAACAGAGCCUGUUAUUAAAGUUCCACCAGAACCCGCAAUGAAAAUUCCAGCUCCUGUCAAGAAAACUCCCUCUGCAGGAAAAUCAACUCCAUCGAAGCCCCGCAAAGGUCGCGGGCCGGCUGUACAUGAGGCUUUACAGCGGAUAUGGGCCCAGCGUCGAGCUAUUCCGGUUCCAAAUCGUGCAUGGCAUGCGCCUGGAGAAGAGCUGUUCCAAUGCGGGCCACUUGAUGGACAUAAGUCUUCCUUUAUUAAACUUGAGAGCAGUAGUAGUGACGAGGACUACAUGCCUGACUUUGAGUCGGGCACGGGUCCAGUAUGCGUGGAAGAGACGGCUGCGGAGUCCCGCGGAGCGCGGUUGGCUAUGAGAAGGAGCGCGUUGCGGAGACAUGUGGCCAGAGCUCAUUCUACCCUAAGGCUUGUCGGGGACCAUAAGAAGCAUUUAGCGCUCACUAGCCUUAUCAAGAAACAAGUGAGCAAACAGGGUCCGUCUUGCAGAUUGCCGCAGCAAACAAUAAAUUACUUGCUAACAACGCACGAUAUGACAUCAUUGCUCACGUCACAGGAGCGAAGACAACUCAGGGAAAAUGGUUGGUCAGGCGGCGAGAACGGUUCACUAGAUAACCUGUCAAGCAGUACAUGCGCUGAAGAAAGAUGCACGGAGUCACCCGUGCCGUGUGGGCGGUAUUGUAUGAAGCACGUGACGCUGGCGCCAGAACAGCGGCUUUACGCCGCUUGCGCCGCUGUAUUCGCUGGCGGCGCGCGCUGCAAGCAGCCGCUGUUGCCGCUGCAGGAUCAGACGCCGCUGUGCGCUGAACACGCGUGGAAGAGAGACAACUACGACAAGCUGAACCGCGAGUGCCGGCCCAAGAAGCCAGCUGUGCGCGCGCGGCUGUGGGCGCCCCCCACCCGGCCGCCGCGGCCCCGCGCCAAGCGCCGCCGCCGCGCGCCGCCCCGCGCCCGCCCGCACGCGCCGCCCAACGCUGACCACAAGCUGUCAGAAAUCAAUGUGUGCUCGAAUUCGUCGGCUUACGACAGUUCAGAGGAGACGGCGAUGGGCGCUAUGAGCGAGAACGAAUACAUCACAGUGCCGCAUCAUUCGCAAGAACUAGAAGUGGAAGUGGAGCAGGUUCCGCACGACGACAUCUUGGAUCCAGCUGUUCUCAGCCAGAUACCUGAUGAGGCCUUUACGGAGUUUUUCAAUCAAGCGGAGGGCGGCGCCCCGUUCGCGGAGAGCUCGGAGCUGGCGGCGGCGCUCGAGGCCGUGCUGGACGAGAGGGCGCUGGACGACUGCUUCUCCGACCAUCUAGCCAACAACAAGAUGCAAGUACCAACGUCGGGCCCCAUGGAGUUGUCGUCGCGAGCGCCGUCAUAACGUAGUUAUAAUCACUAUUCUAAGCUAAACUAUGUACUUUAUUUUUAGGAACAAAUUCGACAUUCAUAGUCAAAGAGUUGAAAUAUUUUUCUUCGUGCUUUAAGUUUUUUAUGUGUAGGAAUGAGUAGUGCUUGUGAGGUGAUGUGUUUGGUGAGAUUGAUGGAUAGUCAACAUUUUCUGUUCAUUCUCUAUAAAUAAGCCAUAACUGCAACUUGGUAGGUGCUUUUAUAUUUGUUUGUCGUGUUAUGUCGUGAGACGCUGUGAAGGGCGAUGGCGAUGUUGUGAUACAUGGCAAUAGAUAGCAUCAGCCAAAAGUAAAUAUCUCCAUAUUAUUACAAAUAAGCUAUACCGUUUAGACAAAACACCACGCAAUACGUCAAACAAAUCAAAACCACCUUUAAACUUAGCAUUUUUCGAAGGAAAAAAGUUUAAGUCCAUUAUUCAGAGGAACUUCAAAGUAUGUCUGGACAUUUAUUUCGGUCAUAUUAUAGGUACUUUUAAAAAUCGUUGGCUAUUAGUUGGUUCGGAGUGAAAUGUGUUGGAAAGCGGAUGCUGAUGGUCUAGUUACAUUUCUAUUCCGGUGCGUUUUUGAUAAUGGUGGUUCUUAAUUUUUUUUAAAUUUCCAAAUUGAAAAUGCAAAUUCAGGGUUGGCAAUGCGCCUGUGACACCGCUAUUGUUGCAGGCGUGCAUAGGUUGCGGUAACCACUUUCCGUUAAGAAGGCCGCAUGCCUGUUUGCCUGCUUAGUAAAAUAAAACUUAGAAUAAAAAUAACAUGAAAAUCAUUUAGUUCCAAAUUGACUCCUUUUAUAUAUAGCGAAAGUAUAGACAGGAAAAGAUGAAUUUUAUAAUAGGAGUGAAAUUUUCCAAUGUUUGCAAAGGAAUUUACUUUUAAGCUGUUGAAAAAAUCGACUAAUAUUAACAAAGCCACUGCCGAGUACUACGCAAGGAACGUGGUAAACAUAGGUAUAUUGUAAAAUGUGUUAAUCGCUUUAAAAUGUGUUAAAAGUGAAUAUCGAAACGCACCAAGAUCUGUCUUAUUUGUAAAUGUAAACGAAUACAAGCAAUACACGGAUCAAAUUGUAACCAGAGUUAUUUUAUUAUUGCUUUAAUUAGGGAAGCGUAGAUUAUAUUUUAAUAGCAUGUAUUGGGUAAUAGCUGAUAGCUGAUUUUUUUUCUCUUUCGUACGUUAGUACUUGCCUAUAGUAUAAGUGAGAUAAGUUGCGGAUUUUUAGUUUUGUAUUAACGAUUGCGAAUUUGUUGAAUUUGUAAUAGUUGUGACUGCCAUUUUAAUAAUAGUUCCAACAUUUUGCAAUGACAUCACGGGGAAUAGUUUUAUUACUAGUUUACCGAAAUCCUAAUAAUGAUGAUACAUUGGUAUGUUGUAUGUGCCUUAGGGUUGUCACAAAUUCUUAAAAGCUGAAAGCCAUAUUUUAUUAUCCUAUGGUGUCCUACUGCUAGAUAUAGGCCUUUACUUCGACAUUAAAAACAGGUUGAUGAUAAAGUAUCUGAUAGUCUAUAUGUCACAUAUCGAACGACGUAAAAAAUUGUGUUUCAAAAGUCCAAUCACAAAAGAUUACAAUAUGAUGUUUUAGCAGAAAGUGAUGAAAAUAAUCCUUAUUCUUUUUAGGAGUUUUUAGAAAGUUAUGAUAUCAAUCAAAACAAUCAAAUUUUAAAAUUUUAAUGCUGAUAUGCAAGAAUUAUAUUGAUAAAAAAAAUUCAAAACAUCUUCGCAAUUGUUAGUACAAGUUUAUAUACCAUGUCUUAUGAGUAUGAUAUCAUAUGAGCAUCAUAUUUUGCUGACUAAAUAAUUAAAUAUAAUAGAAAUAGUGUCAAAUAAAGGAAAUAUUUUUGUAAAAGCUUUAGGUUCCUAAAACAAAUCUUAAUGUGAUUUAUUUAUGGUUGAAUUUUUUAAUUCAUUUCUAGUAUUCAUUGGUUUAAGAUUUCGUAUUAUUUAUUUUGGUAAUUCACGCAAGUACAUAGAAGCAUUUUAUUGGAUAUAGAACAUUACGUUGUUGACCCUAACAUCCAAAAAUAACUAUUUUAUCUAGCUCGGUGAAUUUAAUACAUGCAGUUUUAAGUCUUAAUCUCUUGGUCUUUCCCCUAUCAGAUGGCGUAACGUAUUGGUAUGAUCAAGAAGCGCGCGUAGAUAAGUUUGCUAUUUAUUGACUUAUAAGCUCCGAUGGGGCGAUCAGUAUCCAGUAUUCAGAAAACCAUAUAUUCUAUUUUAUAACGCAUAUCAUUAUAUACUUAUCUGAUUUCAUUACCGAGCUAAAGAGUAUAUAAUUUUCUGAAAUAUUAUCGUGCUAAUUGGUGUCUCCUAUUUGGGCGUAUAGUAACAACGAACACCAAUACAUGAAUGUAGAUUAUACAGGAUUGGACCAAAAGUGAAAAUAUAGCUGUUAGAUGUAAAGGAAGUUGUAUACUAAAAUAGACUUUAGUCAUGUAUCUCCUGUUAUAAAAUAUCACGAUCUAAAAGACUAUUAUUGUAUUAAAGUCUAUUUUAGCCUGAUUUUAUAACUGUACAAUCACCAUGUAUUGUAUUUGAAUUUCUGUAAAAUUAUCAGUUUUUUUUUCUGAAUUUUUUAGUUACGCAACACGCAUUCGUACCGUAAUAGUUUUAAUUUGGAGGCGAUUAGACAUGUUUUUAUUUUAGUAUCCUGAAACCGAUCGAAUGAGCGUCACCGUUUUAUGUCACAAUUUUUUUUAUUGUGCUUUCUCCCAAGGCUCUGUGGUAAUUUCUCUAAAUCCUAUUUAAGCGCCAAAUUUUUUUUUAUUUAGUUGACAGUGGCGCGGCCGUGUCUCAAUGGUAGUAAUAAAUUUAUCGGAUACGCUUAAUACACUUAUUCGGUACCUGCACUUGGUUUUAUAACAAUAUACAAACAGCAAUAGUUUUAGGAACUUGUAAUAAAUGUAUGUAUGUAAUAUUACGCGCUAGUAAUUUAUUGUUUGUACUUUUGUAGAUCAAUUCGAAUUGACUGCGCAUAGGGAGAUUAACGUAAUGUAAGUAUCGCACCUUAGAUUUAAGGUUAUAUCGUAAGAAAGUUAUCGUCACGCUGAUCACGUGAUAAUUUCCCGUUGUACCCGUAGUUCUACCGAUUUGUCCUACUGGUACCUCGUGAUAUCAUCAUGUACCUGUAGUCCUACCACGAAAUGAUACAAUUCAUGUACAGUCAACCGCAUGUGGUACAAUGAUUUCUUGAUAUGAUGUUCUGUAUUGAAACUAACAUUACUAGAUAUUAAAAUGGUAGGACGGGGUGGUAUCUCGUGGUCCUACCAGUAGGGCACAUCGGUAGGACGGGUACAACAGGGAUAAUUUAACAUCGUCAAUGCGUCAUUGUACAUGUACUUUUAUUGGUAUAAUUGUUACGGCUAUACAUUUUCGAGUAUAUUUUCGUAGAGAAAAGAAAUGCUUAAGGGUUUGGUAGUAUCCAAUGAAAUAUAUCAACAUUUACUACUUGUAGUUCGAAAGUACUUUUGUAUCUAGCAAAAAUAAAUCGACAUAAAUUGGUUACAAUAUAUGUCAUUUUUUAAUUUAUUAUUAUUAAAUUAUUGUAACUUCCGUGAAGUUAUGCAAUUAACAUUCAUUUAUACUCAAUUGUGCUGACGAUAUCUCUUAUGCAAUACAAAUAAUUAUAUGUAGUAUUAAAUUUACAGCCCGUUGCUAUUACGAGCAUGCACGUGUCGCACCAUGAAAAUAUUCGCGCAUGAGUUUUAUGUAUUUCCAUGUGGGUUUGUAAUUAAUUUGUCACUAUUAAAGCGAGACGCAGUCAACCAAUCACAAUGCGGCAUUGUGACGCGAAGACAACCAUACCGCAAUGUUAUUGGUUGGCUGCCUUUCACCGAGAAAAUAUUCUAUACUGAACUUCGAAAAAGCUUUCUUAGUUUUCUCACGGAAAUUCGAUAUAGUAUAGCCGCUCUUAUUUUUAGGAAUGUUAGACAAGCACGAGUGGGAUAUAAAAUCAUAAUGGGCUAGAAAAUAAUUUGUCACAUUGGGACUCAUUUACAUUGUUAUUUAAGUUUUAUCAGUCGAGCAACAUUUUAAAUUAACAAACUUUAGGUUCCUUUCUAGGUGAAUAAUAAUAAAUAGCAUAGUCUAUGCAUUUGUAGAUGUAAUUAUUUUUUACAUAACAUGAUGUAAAUAUUUUUUUUAAAUUAUAAAAUGUAUUGUUACAAUUUACCCCCUCGUGCAGUCUUGUAGGGCCGAGUUUAAAUUAGAUGGCAAUAAGUGUGUUGUAAAUGAAUUGUCAUUGGUCAAAAUUACUGAUCUAUUAAAUUUUAGCGGUGACAAGUCUUGAAUGUGUGAGAUGGCAGUGGUGGUCGUGCCUGUCAGAAUUUACUUCAUAUCUCGAUAGGACCACAUUUGUCAUCUGAAUUUAUCGGAAUAAGCACUUGAUGGUUUGGACUGUUUAAAUUGUGGGUCAUAGAGUUGAUACGUGAAUUAUUGGUGUCUUAGCAGUCUGAAUGUGGUACCAAAUGUGUAUUGUUAAUGUGAAUUCGUUUUGUAAAUACGCGAUCUGUUUUUGGUGUUUAGAUUAAGAGAUAUGUCCACAAGGACAGUUCGUGUAUUGCGAAAUGGCGGACAUAAUCGCUCGUGAUAUAAAGAAAGAAACUGCUACCUCUUUGAAUGCCUGAAAUUAUUCACAGUUUAUUGUCCAAUGCGUGUAACAUGAUGAUGUUAAAAAGUGAAAUAAACAUGAAGAAAUUUUGACUCUUA